AUCCCUUUCAGCUCACACACACAAGCAGAGAGUGAGAGAGAGAGAGAGAGAUGGAGGAUGAAGAGCAUGAGGUUUACGGCGCCGAUAUACCAGACGUAGCCGAGAUGGAGGCCGAUGCAGACGUCGACAUGCCGGGAGCCGACGAUGACGCUGCCGCCAAGGAAUUGGAUGAGAUGAAGAAGCGAUUGAAGGAGAUGGAAGAGGAAGCCGCGGCGCUUCGUGAAAUGCAGGCGAAAGUAGAGAAGGAGAUGGGCUCUGUUCAAGAUCCUGCUAGUGUUGCUGCAGCUCAGGUAAACAAGGAGGAGGUGGAUGCAAGAUCUGUCUUUGUUGGCAAUGUUGAUUAUGCUUGCACUCCAGAGGAAGUUCAGCAGCAUUUCCAAACAUGUGGAACUGUAAACCGCGUUACUAUUUUGACCGACAAGUUUGGGCAGCCCAAAGGCUUUGCAUAUGUUGAAUUUGUUGAGGUAGAAGCCGUUCAGGAGGCCCUCCAACUGAAUGAAUCUGAGUUGCACGGACGCCAAUUGAAGGUAAUGGUGAAGAGAACAAAUGUUCCUGGAAUGAAACAGUACCGGCCGAGGAGAUUCAAUCCUUACCUUGCAUAUGGAUAUCGUAGGCCUUUCGGACACCAGCCUCUCUACUCUCCCUAUGGCUACGGCAAGGUGCCUAGGUUCAGGCGCCCACCGCGCUACAUGCCGUAUUACUGAAACCCGAGUCGCUAUUUGGUUUGUUCAGAUGCAGCAACCGGCCAUCACACCAUGGUGGCACGGGUCGUUGCGGUUAGCUGCUGCUGGUUAGAUAAUGCAUAAUCCACGCCUCAUGUGUACUGCUCUCUAUCCAGUAAAUGACGUUCAUUUCAGCAUAAUAUAACAUUUUGCAUCAUAUUUGAAUUAUUUACAUUUUGAGUAACUCAUUAUGAAUCUUCUGUGGUGAUGCUAUCUAUGAUAUGGAGUAGCAUUUUUCUAUAUAUUAUUUGAUUGCUAGUGUCA